UCGGACGGCCGUCCCGCCCGUCGUAGGUUCAACGGACCAACCUCCCCUCCCCCUGUGCCCCCAACAACGCAGUCCGUUCCGGCGCUUCCGACGACCACCUGCACCGGCGGCGAUGGCCGCCGCCGACGACGUCGCCCCCCGCGCCGCCUCCGCCUACCUGGACCCCACCUACUGGGACCAACGGUUCGGGAAGGAGGAGCACUACGAGUGGUUCAAGGACUUCUCCCACUUCCGCCACCUCCUCGCCCCACUCCUCUCCCCCUCCGUCUCGGUUCUCGAGGUCGGGUGCGGCAACUCGCGGCUCGGGGAGGAGCUCCUGCGGGAGGGCGUCGCCGGCGGCAUCACCUGCGUCGACCUCUCCCCCAUCGCCGUCCAGCGGAUGCGCGACCGCCUGGCGGCUCAGGGCACCGACGGAGUGGAGGUGGUGGCGGCAGACAUGCUUGACCUGCCCUUCGUGAUCGAGAAGGGAACCAUGGAUGUACUGUUUGUGGACAGUGGUGAUCCAUGGAACCCCAACCCUGCGACAGUAACUAAUGUGAUGAAAAUGCUUGAAGGUAUCCACAGGGUUUUGAAGCCAGCAGGCGUAUUUGUAUCAAUCACCUUUGGACAGGACACCAUCACUUUUGGAAGAUGAUAUAGUUAAAGAUUGUCUUUCAGAGGAUUAUAUAAGCAAAGUUGUAAAGUGAAACUGACCUGAAAUUAUGCCUUAUUCUUUUCUUUUAUCUAAUAAUCUUCUCUUCUCAGUAAAGUUUAACUUUGCAUAUGGCAGCCACACUUUCGACAUUGAUUUUUUGAAGCUCCCGGGUUUACAUGGUCUGUUGAAUACAGCACCUUUGGCGAUGACUUCCACUAUUUCUUCUACACCCUUAAUAAGGGUAAAAGAUCACUGGAGUCCAAUAAUUACCAAGAUACAUUAACUGCUACUUCGAAAAUUUACAUGUUUCAUGAAGAGCUCGAAAGUGAGGAUUAUAUAUUCCGCACAAACGUUGAUGAACUGUAGUUGGCAAGUUGACAAGCAGCUAUGCCAAUCUGGGAGCUAACGCAUCAAGAGGGUGAUCCUGCAGUAAUGUUUGUAAUAUGUGUGGUGUAGGAUAGAUUCAGCUGUGGGCCAUGUUGUGCAAUGCUGUAAUAGUCCAGGCUAGGGAUCUCUGUACAAUCUGAAUUGGCUGGAACAUAUCUUUGUUCCCAUUGUUAACAUUCUAACUUUCUUUCCCAAAUCCAUUGUUUCGUAAUUAUGGAAAGAAAAUUCUUGUGCAUUA